AAGAAGGUAGGGAAGGUACGUACCGAGCUCCACAAAAUCGCGGAGAUAGAGACUAUCGUCGUCGUGAAGAUGGCGAAGGCAAAAAGGAGGGAGCUUCCGGCGACUUUAAACCUGAAUUCAAAGGUGGUCGUGGUCGGGGCCGUGCAGAAGAGUAG